AUUAACGCGAAGAAGCCGGUGACAACGAAGAAGUAGUUAAAGAGAAAGAGAAAAACAACAAUUAGCAAAAGCUGCACAGUAGCUUUUACCGUUUCAGUCUUCCAACCGUCGAAGAUUAUCGAGAAAUAUGGACCAGUAUGGCGAAAAUGACAUAAUACAACAAUUACUUGGAAUGAAUUUAGUACCAAGAAAAAAUGCCACUCAUCGAUACAACGACACAUCUCUCGCUGAUUUCUCCGAAAUGUGGUAUGGAGUUUUUCUCUGGGCAGCAGUCUCCUCUCUGAUCUUCCACCUGCCUGCAUCUCUGCUAUCAUUUGUUGCACUUCGACAGCACAAAAUGGCCCGAUUGAUGCCCAUUGCCAUCCUCCUAAUGGGCAUCCUUGGUCCUGUGGGUGGAGGAGUCCUCACAAGUGCUGCCAUCGCGGGUGUUUACAAGGCAGCGGGAAAGAGGAUGAUCUCUCUGGAGGCUUUAGUUUUUGGUGUGGGACAGUCCUUUUUGAUUGUUAUUAUAUCCUUCCUUCGAGUUCUCGCCACCCUUUAGCAAGCACUGAGAAGGCUGGCCUGGCCUUAUUACUUGUUGGAAUUUGCUGUGGAUUGGACAAAUUGAGACGUGCUUGGCCUUGGACGUGUCUUCAUUACCUGCUGACCGAGGAGGCCGAGAAUGGAUUCCUCUUGGCUAAAACGAGGAAAAGCAAAUUCAAGUUAAAGUCCGACUACUUGUCAGUCAUUGUACAGGACGACGUCCACUGACGAGGAAUGUGUUUGGUUUUACAAAAUGGCAAUAACAUGUUUACGCAUCAAAGAGAACUUUUUCAAGAUCAUUUUAGAUUUUUAAAUGUGAAUUCUAGAGUGAUUUGAAGUCUAUUUUCAACAGACUUGUUUAUAAUACACCCGUGUAUCAACGGAUCAGUCAGUGAACAUGUUGUGUCUCCCUCCUGGCGUGAACUAUGCAAGUCAGAAUGUCGAUUUACGAUUUGCAAAGGAAAGAAAGAACUACUCACUGAAACUUCUUUUAUGCACGUUUUCUACAAGCUAACGGCUAACUUCAUUGCAUGAAGAGACGCGCCGUUAUGCAAAAACGGGGACAUUAUGCUUCUCUUUGGGUAAUCUUGAUUUUAUAAGUUAACGUCCCAAUGAUCGUGAGCAGCAGCGGAGCCUCAUUUCAACCCCUUACACUGAGUGCCAAACAGGGAAGAAAUGGGUACUAUUUUUAGUCUCUGGUAUGACCCGGUCGGGGUUCGAACCCAGAACCUCCCAGGCUCAGGGUAGAGACUCUACCACUAGUCCACUGAGCUGGUAAACACUGUGGUAUAGUGGUAUAACACUUAUAGUAGUUUUUAAAUAACGUGUAUGCAUAUAUACGCCUAAGUAUUGUUAUCCAAUAUAUCUAUUGCAAUUAGAUUGCUGGUUUGAGAUUUACUUGUAAUAUUAUUUUAAUAAACAUGCUAAAACUUG